AUGGACCUUAUUCGUGAUUUAUUCAAUCCUACGGAUGUUCAAAAUAUUCUUAGUGUACCUACUUCGAUGUCCGGGGGAUUUGAUACUCCUUAUUGGAUGGGGGAGAGUCAUGGGUUUUAUACGGUAAAGAGUGGUUAUCGUAUUGCUGCGGGUUGUAGGGAUAGGGGAGGGGUGAGAGUGUGGGCGGGGGUUUGGGAUUUCGACAUUCUUCCGAAGGUGCCAUGCAAUCCAUUGUGUGUUUUCUGUGGGGUAGAGCCGGAAACAAUGGUCCAUUUAUUUGCAAAUUGCCCCUUUGCAAAGGCUUGCUGGCGUGAGGUUGAUCUGGGGUGGCGAUUGGGAGAUGUGGCGAGUAUAGAGGAAUGGGUGGAGGAGAUGUGGGAUGAGCUUCCUAGAACCAUGAUUGAGAUGGUGGUGGUGGUUUGUUGGGCACUAUGGGAAGCCAGAAAUAAUAGGGUAUGGAAUAUGCAUGCUGUGGAUUCCAAGUCUUUGGUCAUGCAUGCAAAUAUCUAUGUCAAUAAUUGGAGGGUGGCAAGGCAACAGAACAUUGUGUCUAGGUAG